AUGACGCUGUUACAGUUAUCCAUCAUUUUGCUUUGUAGCGUUUUAGCGGUGUCCCUGAAAAGUAUCUGGCCAGAUAAUGGCAACAGUGGGAUACCAACACCAAGUCGCGUUGUUCGCAACAAAGAUUCUCUCAAGAACUCUGAUUGUUCUGUUGAUUUCCUGGAUAAAAUGGUCGAUUGCUCACAGAGGCAGUUGAAAGAUGUGCCCAGUGAUCUAAUUCUGGAUCUUCGUUCACUUGACCUAACAUCAAACCUGAUCCGAAGACUGAGGAACGCGUCUUUCGUCCGGUACUCUCUUUUAGAAGUACUCAAUCUGUCUAACAAUCUCAUCAACAUAAUAGACGUAGGGGCUUUCUUUCCCCUUGAACGACUAACCGUCUUGAUACUUGACAAAAACCCCAUUCAUAUACUUCCCAAGAGUGAUUUAUUUCGGGAGUCCAAGCGAUUAUCAACGCUGUCCAUGUCAUCUUGCAAUUUAACGUAUUUCCCAAAUGAAACCCUUGGAUUAUUGCCUCAGAUAAAAGUUCUCAUAUUGUUUGAUAAUGAACUAACAUAUCUAAAUAUUUCGAAGUGUCCCGAAGGAGCACUGACUCAAAUAAAUCUCCGGCUUAACUUACUUCAGGAAUUGUCAGCUGAAAGUCUACGAUUGCCCUGCAACACAUACUCGCUUUUACUAUGUCAGACUACUUACAGGAAAAUUGAUGCCGCUGCUAUUGCCAGUUUGCCCAUUCGUUCUUUGUCAUUCGAGCUUGUGCUACCGGGACCAGGGUUAACAUUUGAAGUAUGGGAACAAUUGUUUACAGGUAUAGCUUUGUCGGAGAUAGAUAAUCUGGACCUUGUGAAUGCAGUCCUGGUCGGCGAUUUACCCCAUGACUUCUUUGAUCCAUUGAGGGGUAAGAGGCUUUACCUAUACAUGUACAAUGCUUGGUUCAAACUAUACCCAUCCAUUUUUUCCAGUCUCACAGCUGUUUAUAAGAUGAAGAUUUAUAGCCUUGAUAUAGACGUUCUACAGCCAUCUUUCUUUGAUGGUAUGAGCGAACUUCACAGCCUUUCACUUGUUGCCACAGAAAUGACGCAAUUAAACCCCUCGGGGGCACGUUGGAACAUUGAUCUAACAGAAUUGGAUUUGUCUGAGAACAAUUUGGUAAUGUUAAAUAACCAAGCAUUCUGGGGUCUGUAUAACCUUGCAUACUUAGACCUGACUUACAACCCUAUGUUAGCUAAUUUUCCAUCUUUACCAUAUGUUAUUGGACUUCAGAACCUACGAACGUUGAUUGUUUCCCGUACUAGAAUUUCCAAAAUGCGCUUAGAUACACUAUUUCUUGAAAACUUUUUAUUCACCUCAAGGCCAUACGACUGGGAUCGCUCUGCAUCUGCAUUUAUUCCUGGCCAAACGUUUCAGUAUACACCGUCCCUCAAAUUUAUCAAUUUAACUUCCUCGUUUGUUGUAAUGCGAGAGCUGUGGGAUUCGUCUAGGAAUAUCUCCCUCUUUAAUGGACUCAACAAACUAACUUAUCUGGGACUGAAACAAAAUCGUCUUCAGAGGAUACCAGCAGGGGUCUUUAAAGACCUUUCCGCGUUAAAAGUUCUAGAUUUGACAGAUUGCCAAGUUUCUGCAAUAGAUUCAGGGUCCCUUGAUUCACUGAUCUCAUUGACAGUACUCUUUCUGCAAGAUAAUAAUUUACAAAUACUUCCAAUGCAUGUCUUGGACAACCUGAUACAUUUGAAUAUCUUCUCAAUAAAAGAUAAUGCAUUGUUUUACAUUGAUGAAUAUUUUUUCAAUAGCACACCUAUGAUAACAUCAUUAGAUCUUGGUAGAAAUCAACUAAGCGUUUUCAAUAAGACAACGUUUUCCCGAAUAUCAAGCACGCUAUCUUCAAUCGAUCUGUCGCAAAAUCCGAUCGAAUGCUCUUGUAGAUCAAAGUGGUUGAUCAAGUUGCUGCGUGGAAUUAAGGAAGUUCAAAACGUGAAGCAAACAACAUGCUCAUAUGUAUCAGAGAAACCUUUCGGGGGAGAGGAACUGGUGUCCAUCCAUCCAGACGAUCUCUGCUUAAAAAAGUUUGUUAUUUCCGUUCCAGCAAGUUUCUCUAUACUAUGUGUCAUUAUCAUCAUUGUCAUCACGUAUCACUUCAGAUGGAGUAUAAAGUACAAGCUCUUCCUGCUAAGACUUGCUGUUUUGGGAUAUGAAGAAAUCUUGGACGAAAAUGAACGAGAUGAUUACGAUUUCGACAUCCAUGUCAUAUCGACAGACGAUGAUUUCAUGUGGAUACAAGAUCACUUGAAACCAACACUUCAAAUGAUCCUUCCGUACUAUGAGAGAAGAAGAAUAGUCUUCACUGAAGAUGAUCUUCCCAUUGGAAGACAUCGCUUAGAAGCCAUUGAUGAUGUCCUGACUAGAAGUUUCAAGGUCCUUGUGUUGAUGAGCAAAGCUGCCAUUGCUGAUGACUGGUUCCUGACAUGUUUCCGUAUGGCAAUAGAUCAAGGGGACGAUACCCAGACGGAGAAUAUUGUUCUGGUGUUCCUGGAGAAUAUUCAAGAGGAUGAAAUGCCAUUUCUUGUAAGGUUGUAUAUGGGAGGUCAAGGACCGUAUCUACAGUGGAUGGAAGAUGAUGAAGAGGGGCAGGAAUACUUCAGAAAAAAAUUGUUCAAAUAUAUGUCUGUGAACCGGAAGCGUAACUAUCUCAUACCUCCAGAAUGAGAAUUUCAUUUUGUUAUAUUACUUUGCUUAAUUAACACAGUAUAUUUCAGUUCCUUUGCUCAUUUCCAAAUCUCAGUUCUUUAGCUCCAUCAUGUCCAUCUCAACGAAGGAAUGCUUGAGGCAUUUCGUGAUAAUCUUUACAAUGUCGACAUUAUUAUGAGUCCGAAUAAUUUUGGAUAUUUUUUUAGUCAUUCAUUGCUUAUAAAUUAUGUUUUAUAUACGUCUAUUGUAUAGACGUAGAGAUUUAUGAAGGCAUUUUACUGUGAUUUCAAGAACAAAUAUUUUCCGCUUGCUUUGAUAUUGAUAGUGAUUUGGUUUAUAUAUUCCACUUAGCUACUCUUACUCUGAUUCGGCAAACCUACAGAUAGUACGGGAUCCGAGAAAUGAACAUUUUUUUAAGGAAAGAGCAACAAAAUAACUCAUGGGAAAGAGACACAUAUCUCACCAACACAUUAAUGCGAGCGCGAAGCGCGAGCUGAAAAAACAACAAAAAGGUACCUGUUUAGGAUACAUAUCUCACUAAACAGAUAAUGCGAGUGCAGAGAGUGAGCUGAGAUUUCUUUAUAUUUUGACGUGAAAGCUUGAUAUUCUAAGCAAUUUUGGUGCCAAUGAUUAAGAUGGGUAUCUAAAAGAACAAUUGAUGCGAGCGCGAAGCGCGCGAGCUGAAAUUUUUGAUAUUUCGAUCUGAAAAAACACAGUUUAUAGAGGUUUUUGAUAAAGAAAAAGACAUAUAUCCAAUAAACGUUUAUUUAAUCAUGAAAAGUAUGGGUUUUUGAUAAAGAAAUGAUGCGAGCGCGAGCUGAAAAUUUGUAUAUUCCAAUCUGAAAAGCGGACAUUUUGAGCACGAUUUUAAAUUAAGGACGAGUUGUGUAUCUCAAUCUCGCUUGCCGAUUUUUCUGUGUAACAUUACAAUCUUAUUUUAUUUUUGCACAUCCGGAAUUAUUGGGGGGGGGGCAAAACGUUAUAUCACCCCCCCCCCCCCUCCCCAAUAUUUUCAUUGGUGAAAAUGAAGGAUCGACGCCUCUGUCUUCAGUACUUUUCCAUAAUUAUGGAAAUAUACAGUAAGAAAAAUAAUGGUCCAGCACAAGGGAAAAAGUCAGUAUUGCAUUUUGUGGAUCUGAAAUGUUGAAUGCUUUACCAGAAAACAUCAAAUGUAGAACACCAGUUAAAAUUCAUUCUAAAAAUCGCUGAAGAAGAAAAUCAUGCAAUAAUUUAAUGAAAAUUACUCAAAUGUUUCUAUAGUGUACCAAAUUAUGUAUGUAGAUAUGUAAGUAUGUGUUUGUUUUAGUACUCCAAUUGAAUUAGUUGUAAGUAUAUUGAAUGUAGUCCUAUAGUGAGCAUGUAUCCAUUUAUUUGGAAGAGUUAUAUACAGGGUGCCACACCCGAUUAGCAGCUAUUGCUAUUUUGUUAUCCCCUUUUACCAACUAGUUUUUCUCUCUCUUUUGUACAUCAGUACAAUUGUCUUUGUAUAAAUAUGUUUUUUGGUAAUAAAGUUUCAACUUCACCUUCAACUAGACUCUACAAUCCUCCUAGAAUGAGAACCUUAAAAAAUACAUUAUCCAUGCAUCGUCUUGCCUCCUUUCAAAAUAUCCUCACUAUAAAAAAGUAUUAGGUAAAAUUUUUACCACCACGGGGGUAAUUAUGUGUCCAACCAAUUCGGGGCAGUAUUUUACCCAAUGUGGGAAGCAUAAAAAAACAUAAAAAACAAGCAGCAAUUACUUUAGAAUGGGCAAAAUUUUCAUCACACUGAAUAAAUAAAAAUGCCCAAGAGAAAUACCCAAUGUUGGUUGGAGACAUAAUUAUACCUCAUGGGGCAAUUUUACCCAAUAUUUUUAGAGUGCUGUCGCCGCAACUGUGUAGGCCUAUUCUUUUCAUUCGGUCCUCUUGAACGACUGGUAGGCCAAUACCUCAGUCAUUUUUCCCCUACGGCGCGGCGGUCGUACGACGAGUCGAAAACAGCCGUUUAUUAAUUUGUACCAGCUUCACAAUAGGUGGUUUUAAGGGGAAAAAAUAACAAAACGGCUGUUUUCGACUCGCCGUACGGCCGCCGUAGGGGAAAUAUGACUGAGGUAUAAUUACGAAUAUUGGUGAAGCUGAUUUAUAGUGCUUUUUAAACAUAUAAUUUGCCGCAGAUGGAAUAAUUAUUUCAAUUUUAAAAAUUAUUGGGGGACAAAUCAAUGUUUGCCCCAAAAAAUAUCAUUGGGUGAUCGACCAAUGCAUCCCCAACGGAUCAAUGCCUCGUUUAGUGGAUUUAGGUUGUUCAUUUUAAUCAAGGGAGGUAACACAUAUAGCUUGAGUCAUUUCCUUUUCAAUUGAAUUACGGGGGAAACAUAGAGCGAUGUGACUGGUUGUGGAAAGUAUCUUUUAGAUUGCUAAAAAAGCAUGAAUGCUUGUAAGCAAGCGAUCUGAGGAUCGACGACUUGCGGUCCUCUCCGAGGGACCUGGUUAUGAGGAUUAAUGCCUUACCAAAGGGUAUACUAGCGCACCACGUGGGAAUCGAACCCAGGUCACCGGAAUCCGAAACCCCGCUCUACCAUGUCUACCGACUGAGCUCUGCUUUUAUCCCUUUUCAUUUCUUGAAUUUUCCGCCUCUAUCACUAUAUACUUCAAAAUAUUAGGGACAAGAGACGGGAAUAGUCGGGACGGGAAUAGGGAAUAGACACACCUGGAUCCUACAAUCAACGUUAAGUUUUAUCAUCCGUGUGUGACGGUGCCAAUGUCCCUAUGCUUUCUCCUGCUUUCGAAUGUUCAGUAAGUUGAUUUGGUAAGUUCUAUUGCAAAGUUUAUACUUGAUAGAUAAACAUGCGGUAUCCACAAAAUUCUUAAACGACAUUUAAAGAAACUUCAUCGCCGAUUAAGUGAUCGCGACAUUGAAACGUGCAUUCGACGGCACAAUGUACUACAACAUUUGCCUGAUUGCCGGUAGAACUCAAGUACUUAAAUGUUUUCCAGCCGGUAACAGACCGUGAAACUUAAGAUGGCGCCGCCGAACGAUCGAAACUUUGGUAUCUCAUUACGUUACCGUUAUGUUUGAGCAUGUGGGGUCCAUGGUUUGAGCAUCGUUAGAAUGUCCACAAGAAUACCGUUUUCUGACAAAUUUGCCGAGCUGAGAUUGAAAACAUAAGGGAAUACAUCCGUUGGUGUGAAUGUUUCCUUAAAACUUCUUGUCUUAGCAAUGAUGAGAGAGAGUCGAAGGUCCCAUUGUCUAGUUGACAUGGUUUUAGUCGCUACCUCACAAGGUUGCAUAUUCUGAGGCGAAUUCCAUCUAAUCGUUAAAUUAUUUGAAUUAAGAGGAUUCAGCAAACAUACUGAAAUCCACAAUUGUUGUUCAACAGUUAACAGGUAACAUGAUUGUAUACAAUAGAACUAGAAUUCCGACGAGGGAUAUUGAGAGUUUUCAAUAUCGCGCUUUAAUCAAUUCAGAUCAACAGGGAAGUGUAACAGGUAAGACUGGACCGUAGGCGAUAUGCAAACUAAAGCAAUUGAAUCAAAAAUAAGAAAUAGAAGAAGUGGGAGUAAAAAUACAUGUCAAUAUUUAACCCAAUAUUUAAUUGAAUACUCAUUAGAUCGACCAAGAUGAAUUGAAUUUUGUCAUUGGGGAUACAUCUUUAAUAAGCCUAUUCAGUGUACAUAUGUUAAUGAACAACGUAUAAUAUACAAUACUUUCGUUUACAUUUUAAUGAAUGUAAUUAAAUAUACAUUUUUGUUUAAAAUAGGAUGACUACUUGUCUGAUGACCUGUAAGAUUCAAUUUUGUGCAAUUAGUUUCAUCAGCAGUAACUGUCAAAUGUAAACCAAUCUGAGAGUGUAUGUUAUUAUUCAUAUUCAUAUCUUCUUUUAUAUACGUCAGCUUAGACCGAUUAGUUUUGCAAGUCUAAUUUUUUAAGUUGUAUACGAAAACAUGAUACAAGAAAAUGUAGAGAGGGGAUAUAGAGUGUGUAUGUUUUCCUGAACGGUGUAAUCCCCCCCCCCCCUCCUCAAACAUGUCGAAGGACACAAACAUGGAUGAAGAGAAGCCAAUAUGAGAAUUACCAAACCAAAAACGAAAUACCUCAAAAGAUCAUUGAAGUAUAAAAAGCCAUGGCUUACAAUGCAUUUUUUAUCCACUGGCGUACAGAUUGGGGGUGGGGGUUCUUGCCCCCCACCC